GACGAACACUGUUCAAAAAGACAAUUCGAACACGAACUACACGUCUCCCAAACACAGAAGCGGGAUACUCUCCAGCUCAGGAAAACGAAACGUAUUUGUCGUUCGGCUGUUUUGGGCUUAUCUCUGUCUGUGAGCGCAUGCAAUAAAAUGGCAGAAUCCAGUAUUUCAGUGGCUCAGGAUCAGUUCAACUGUUCAAUCUGCCUGGAUCUACUGAAGGAUCCAGUGACCAUUCCCUGUGGACACAGUUAUUGUAUGAACUGUAUUACAGACUAUUGGGAUCAGGAUGAUCAGAAGGGAGUCUACAGCUGUCCUCAGUGCAGACAGACCUUCACUCCAAGACCUGUUUUAGGUAAAAACACCAUGCUGGCUGAAGUGGUGGAGAAACUCAAGAAGAGAAAACUACAAGCUGCUCGUCCUGUUCAAUGUUACACUGAAUCUGGAGAUGUGGAGUGUGACGUCUGUACUGGGGACAAAAACAAAGCCAUCAAGUCCUGUCUGGUGUGUCUGGAAUCUUACUGUCAGUCCCAUUUUAAACGUCACGAGGAAUUUCACUCUAGAAAACGACACAAAAUGACUGAUGCCAUUGAAAGACUGCAGGAGAUGAUCUGCCCUCAACAUGACAGAUUGCUGGAAAUGUACUGUCGUACUGAUCAGAUCUGUGUAUGUGUUCUAUGCAUGGCGAACGAACACAAAGCCCAUGAUACCAUAUCACCUGCUGAAGAAAGGACAGAGAAACAGAAACACUUGGAAGAGACCCAGAGAAAAUUCCAGCAGAGAAUCCAGGAGAGACAGAAGGAGCUUGAGGAUCUGAGAGAGGCUGUGGAGUCUCACAAGCGCUCUGCACAGGCAGCAGUGGAGGACAGUGAGAGGAUCUUUACUGAGCUGAUCCGCUCCAUUGAGAGAAGCCGCUCUGAGGUGACACAGCUGAUCAGAGAUCAGGAAAAGGUUCUUAUAAGUCAAGCUAAAGGACGACUGCAGCAACUGGAGCAGGAGAUUGAUGAUCUGAGGAGGAGAGAUGCUGAACUGGAGCAGCUUUCACACACAAACCAUCACAUCCAUUUCCUCCAGAGUUUCCAGUCUCUCUCUGUCCCUCCUGGAUCUACAGACUCAUCCAUCGUCACUGUCAGUUCUUGUUUUUCUUUUGAUAAUUUAAGAACAUUUAUCUCUCAGUUGGAAGAGAAACUGCAGCAUGCUUUUAAAGAGCAGAAAGAAAACUUAUUUGGAAUAGUGAGAUACAUCGAGAUGAUUCCCACCCCUGAAUACAAGAGCAGGAAUGAGUUCCUACAAUAUUACCAGCGGUUCACCCUGGAUUCAGAUUCAGCCCAUAAAUACCUCAGGCUGUCUGAGUCGAACAGAGUGGUUACUAACAUGAAGAAAGCCCAGCCGUGUCGUGAUCAUCCAGACAGAUUUACUCAUUUGUCUCAAGUGUUGUGUAGAGAGAGUGUGUGUGGACGCUGUUACUGGGAGGUUGAGUGGAGUGGUGUGGUGGAUAUAUCAGUGUCAUAUAAGAGCAUCAGAAGGAAAGGAUGGGGGGAUGACUGUGAGCUUGGUUGUAAUGAUCAGUCCUGGUGUUUGAUCUGCUCUGAAUCCAGUUGCUCAUUCGGUCACAAUUACAAACUGACUGAACUCCCUGACGUCUCCAGCUCAUCUAGAAUAGGAGUGUAUGUGGAUCACAGUGCAGGAACUCUGUCCUUCUACAGAGUCUCUGACACAAUGACCCUCAUUCACAGAGUCCACACCACAUUCACUCAGCCUCUCUAUCCUGCUUUUUUGGUUUGCUACUAUGCACAAGUGAAAUUGUGUGAUUCACUGAAGAAGAGUAAUGGACGCAUGCUGAAUAGGGGGGCGUGCCAAGGUCAGUUUUUUGUGAACUUCUGGGAAGAAUGGGACUGGUCACUGGUGGGGGGCCUGUUGUCGGCACCCCAGCUGCAGGAACCACUCAUCGAGGUGGCUGAGGGUGGGAUCUUCUGGAGCCGACCAGUCCAAGCCCAACUCAUUUAUGAAACACGGAACCAGGAAACUACUACAGGAAACCAGUGCAGGCGAACGAAACGUUGUCGUUUAGCUGUUGUUGGCUUAUCUCUGUCUGUGAGCGCAUGCAAUAAAAUGGCAGAAUCCAGUGUUUCUUUGGCUCAGGAUCAGUUCAGCUGUUCAAUCUGUCUGGAUCUACUGAAGGGUCCAGUGACCAUUCCCUGUGGACACAGUUAUUGUAUGAACUGUAUUACAGACUGCUGGGAUCAGGAUGAUCAGAAGAGAGUCUACAGCUGUCCUCAGUGCAGACAGACCUUCACUCCAAGACCUGUUUUAGGUAAAAACACCAUGCUGGCUGAAGUGGUGGAGAAACUAAAGAAGACAACACUACAAGCUGCUCAUUCUGUUCGGUGUUUCGCUGGAUCUGGAGAUGUGGAGUGUGAUGUCUGUACUGGGGACAAAAACAAAGCCAUCAAGUCCUGUCUGCUGUGUCUGGAAUCUUACUGUCAGACCCAUUUUGAUCGUCACGAGGAAUUUCACUCUAGAAAGCGACACAAAAUGACUGAUGCCAUUGAAAGACUGCAGGAGAUGAUCUGCCCUCAACAUGACAGAUUGCUGGAAAUGUACUGUCGUACUGAUCAGAUCUGUGUAUGUGUUCUAUGCAUGGCGAACGAACACAAAGCCCAUGAUACCAUAUCACCUGCUGAAGGGAGGACAGAGAAACAGAAACACUUGGAAGAGACCCAGAGAAAAUUCCAGCAGAGAAUCCAGGAGAGACAGAAGGAGCUUGAGGAGCUGAGAGAGGCUGUGGAGUCUCACAAGCGCUCUGCACAGGCAGCAGUGGAGGACAGUGAGAGGAUCUUUACUGAGCUGAUCCGCUCCAUUGAGAGAAGCCGCUCUGAGGUGACACAGCUGAUCAGAGAUCAGGAAAAGGUUCUUAUAAGUCAAGCUGAUGGACUCUUGGAGCAACUGGAGCAGGAGAUUGAUGAUCUGAGGAGGAGAGAUGCUGAGCUGGAGCAGCUUUCACUCACAGGUCACAUCCAUUUCCUCCAGAGUUUCCAGUCUCUCUCUGUCCCUCCUGGAUCUACGAACUUGUCCGGCAUUACUGUCAGUUCUUGUCUUUCUUUUGAUAAUUUAAGAACAUUUGUCUCUCAGCUGGAAGAUAAACUGCAGCAUGCUUUUAAAGAGGAGAAAGAAAACUUAUGUCGAAUAGUGAGAUACAUCGAGAUGAUUCCCACCCCUGAAUACAAGAGCAGGAAUGAGUUCCUACAAUAUUACCAGCGGUUCACUCUGGAUUCAGAUUCAGCCCAUAAAUACCUCAGGCUCUCUGAGUUGAACAGAGUGGUUACUACCAUGAAGAAGGUCCAGCGGCAUCCUGAUCAUCCAGUCAGAUUUACUCAUUUGUCUCAAGUGUUGUGUAGAGAGAGUGUGUGUGGACGCUGUUACUGGGAGGUUGAGUGGAGUGGUGUGGUGGAUAUAUCGGUGUCAUAUAAGAGCAUCAGCAGGAAGUGGUGGGGAGAUGAGUGUAGAUUUGGACAUAAUGAUCAGUCCUGGAGUUUGUCCUGCUCUGAGUCCAGUUGCUUAUUCUGUUACAAUUACAAACAGACUUCACUCCCUGUAGUCUCCAGCUCCUGUAGAAUAGGAGUGUAUGUGGAUCACAGUGCAGGAACUCUGUCCUUCUACAGCGUCUCUGACACAAUGACCCUCAUUCACAGAGUCCACACCACAUUCACUCAGCCUCUCUAUCCUGGGUUUUGGGUUUACUAUAAUGCACAAGUGAAAUUGUGUGAUUCAGCAUAAUAGAUUACAGACCUUUUACACAUUCAGUGCUUUUCAACUAUCGGGUCAAACAGUUCUGAACACUGUGAGGAUUGGUUCCUGUUGCAUCUCCACUUAUGCACGGUAUGAUUUCUGAUCAGGAUUUCUCGGCACAUGCUCAGCUGCAUUGGUGGAAUGUCUGUAGUAAUGUAAUGUUUUUUUUUUAGCAUAGGAGCCUACAUUAAUUUUAUACAUGCCUUAUUCUUCAGUGACAGUACACUAGCUAAUUAAUUAAAAACAUCAAUAUAUUAUUUGUAUAAUAUUAUGUAAAUGUCUUUUGUUGAUAGUCUGCAAGCUUUAUCCUUUACUUUUUAUGUGUAAUGAUCAUUCCAAUGUGUACCAAGAGUAUUCAUAGAUGCCAACUUUUGCGUGACCAAGGUAACCAUAUCAGUAAAAGUUUUAUGGGUUCUAUUUUCUAAACAAAUUCUUCAGUGAUUUUAAUAAAUGUCAUUUUAGAGUAA